CUCGACACUGUUUGUUCUCGUCGUCUACUAGUCUGUGAAUACGAAUUUCGUAGGUACAAACUGUAGAUCUUUUAUAUUAAGCAAACAUUGUUAUGAUGUGACAGCAAAUUAACAAUUUUUUCACGUUUUUGGAGGAAAUUCCACUCCACAGACUGAUAGCAAUGCGUAUUCUUUUAUUCUGGAGAAGGAUUUCCAAAUCUAUAAAAGAAAUAAAAAGAUAUUGUUAAACAAAAAUUACUAUCUUUUUGUUGGUAAAACAGACAACUCCAGCAGCCCCUUAAUAGGGAAUAUAACACGACAGGAUGAAUGAAGUGACAUUGCCUCCCGCACCAAAUUGGUAUUUGAGCAAUAUCCUUGCAUGUUCGCGACGCGGAACUGUGGCAUGGGGUGCAAGGAAUUUUGUCGUCAUCGGCCGGCCGAAGGAGAACAAUAUAAUGCAGUAUUCCAUAGUCAAAGAUUACUUUAAAGACAAAGUAAUUACAUUGGCAUUUUGCCCUAAGCUCGACAGCCCGGACAGUCCAGAUUUACUGAUCUGUGGUGGUGAUGAUCCUAAAGUCAGAAUUUUAAAUGUGGAUACAUUAGAAUUGGUAGCAGAAUUCUCUUUUGCCGAUGAAAGCAAAUUGACUGCAGGGGUUGAUUGGUCAGCUCGAGAUAAUAAUCUUGUAUGCGCAGUGAAUUCAGACGGUUUUCUAAUGUACUGUAAUGUACGAGACAAGACUUCAAACAUAGUAUAUCUAGGCAAGCUAAGGGCUACAUGUUUAGCUUGCUGUCCUCAUGAUUCCAGUCUUAUAGCGCUAGGUACUAAAAACGGUUUAGUUUAUAUUAUCCAAUAUGCUUCUAUUAUCCAAACAGAAACGAUAUUAUAUAAACUGAAAAGCCAUAACGACAUAGUUAGUUUGUCUUGGUGCCCCUCGCAGAUGAAUGUGUUUAGUGAAGAAGAAGAGAAAAAUUUACUUCUAGCUUGUGGUGCACAGAAUAGAUCUGUAUACAUUUGGAGACUUGGUAGAGAUGGCAAGUAUGAGAAAACUAUAAUACACUUACCAAAUCUACCAAUCAUGGCUUCUUCACAUAAAAGUAAGCUUAAUAUAAACAUACAGUGGAUUACGGUAUGUUGGAUAGAGUCUAAUGUGCUUUUGACUAAUUCCCUUUGGGGUGAACUUCUUUCUUGGGAUCUUUCAAACAAAACCAAGCCUGAAUGUAAAGUGUUCCAUACGUUUCAUAAUAGAGGAUUAUUUUCCAUUGCUGCUGUACCUAACUACAACGCAACGCCUGAUAACUUAAAGACAGAUUCCGAGCUCAAGGUCUGGUCUUUGGCGCAAGAUCGCUGGGUUAUAGGUUGUAAACGUAAUAGCGAUCCUACAAAACCAGCGAUCUUGGAACAUAAAAUUCCUACACAAGGAGGGUACGUAUAUUGCAUAGAUUCUUGUCCUCUUGAUACCUCGCGCGUUGCACUUGGCGUAGGAGACAUGACGCUGCGUGUGUGGAAUUUAUCUGAACCUCACACAACGACUUUUGACAUGACUAUGCAGUGGCAGAUGAUAAAAGCAAAAAUAAGAGCGAUAUCAUGGUUUCCCGAAGAUAAAUCUACUAUUGCUUUUGGUACUGGAGAGGGCCGUGUUGGUGUAUUUGAUGCAAUUGGAACUAACAAACCACCUAUAUUAUACCGACCGUAUCACGGAAAUAUAAUUUAUAAGCUUGAAUGGGCUCAACUUAACUCAGAAUAUUUUUUGUUCUCUUGUGCAGAUGGAGAACUAAUAGCCCAUAAAAAAUCUUCACCGGAAGAUGAACCUAUGUCUAUAAUUAAAGAAAAAUGUUCAGAGUUUUCUUGGAAAUCCAAUUUGUGCUUAGCAAUUGGGUUAGAAGAUGGGUCAAUUAUAUUUUAUGAUCAAAUGCUGAAUAAACGCGGCGACACGAUACAAAUUUCCAAAACUAUGGUGAAUUGUCUGACGUGGCAUCCCGACCGUACAAUGGCAGAUGAAUGCUCGCCGCUUGCCAAUUACUUGGCAAUUGCCUCCGAUUCGUGUAGCAUAUUAAUUUAUGAUAUUUCAAUACUAUUAAAAGAAUUAAAAGACAAUGGAGAUGUUACAGAAAACAGAAAUGACGAAGACGUAAUGCACAAGUUAGUAGCGACAUUAAACGGACACUCGGAUAAAGUGGUGUCUCUAGCUUGGAGUCCACAUUUCAAUGGAUACUUAGUGUCUGGUAGCUACGACAAUAUUGCACAGGUGAGAUAUACAUGCACUAUACACAGUAUUGUUCAAUUAAAUUAUACGCAUCAUGGCUCAUUUAUGUCUAUUAAGUUUGUGUGGAACGUUGAAAAAGAGGAAUUGAUGGGCACGUACAUGGGUCAUAUCGGACCUGUAUUGUCCUGUAUGUGGAGUCCUCUCAAACCACAAUUAAUAAUGACUGGUUCGUCGGAUUUUACGCUACAUGUAUGGAAUUAUACUUUACCGGAGCAAUCGCCAAAGCAACUUUCCGACAUUAAGGGUAAGAAGAAAAAGGGUAAGAAGAAGAAAAAGAAUUCAAAGACGGCCAAUAAUGAGAAUAAUGAGACUGUACCAAAUCCUGUUAAUGAAGUUCUUGAAGAAACUCAAUCUAAUUCAAAGACACAGAACAAUUUAAAUGAUCUCGUUCCCGAGAUAAAUCUAUGGCGUGAUGAAUUAAAACCCGAGACAAAUCUAUGGUGUAGUCAUAGUGAAUUAAAAGAUCACUUAAACAGGGCGGCUUUAGUUGGUGAAUUAAAUGACUAUUUAGUAUCGCUUGCACCUAGUAUUUCUAUGUUAAUGUGGGAAAGAAUUUGCGAAGAGUAUGCGCAACAAUUAAUAACGAACCAUAAUCCAGGAAAAGCAGUAACAUAUUUACUAAGGAUAAACAAAAUUGACAAAGCCUUAGAAGUGCUUUUAGAUGCUUUCAUGUAUGAGGAGGCAUAUACACUCGGAAGAUUGAAAUUAGAUGCUGAUGAUUCGUUUCUAAAUCGAAUAUUAGAGUCCUGGGCGACAUGGCGUGACUUUUGUAAUAUUACAUGUAUUAGCUACGUAAAACUGAACAAGUUUGAUAAGGCAGCAAUGAUUCUUUCUCGUCAAAAAGACAUAGACAAUUUAGGACUAGCAUCAGAACUAGCGUUUUUAAGUGGUGACGAGGAAUUCGGUACGUCUUUAAUUGUGAACGCGGUGACGCUUGCUCUAAUAAAGUUAGAUUGGUCCAAAGCACGUUCCCUUAUCAAGGACAUCGGACAAGCUCAGUAUUUGAAGGUACAUAUAGAUGCCCAUGAGGCAAUCGUGAGCACAUACUCGAAAGAGACUGAAUUAGAUAUAAUGAAAAAAUGGUUGGAAGGAAAGGAAAAUAAAAGUGUGUUACAAACUCUUAAGGAAAAAUAUAACACCUUCAUGUACGAUGUUUUACGUAAAAAUGAUGAUAUAAACAUUAAUUUGGAAAAUAUAUCGUGCAUGGACAUAUACAUUAGUUAUCAAAUUGCUUUGGCGGCCACGUGCGAUGCAAAAGAAACCCAAUUAAAGCACUUAAUAACAGCAAUAAGCAACGUAUUCGAAUUCGAAAAUCUAGCCAAAUCAAAGAAGGAAGGAUUCUUUACGCAUGUUCUCACGAUAUUGGAUACCAAGAAACCAACGGACGAAAGUAGCAUUUACGCAGAAAACAGUUAUCCCGUAUCGCAGAGUAUACGCGCUUAUUUAAGCAUCGGUCUCCUGAACUGGUUAUCGAAAUAUUCAAAAACGUUAUCGGACGAAGAAGAAACGCAGUUUAUGCAGUUGGUAUUAAACUUGUUAAACAGUAUCAUGAAUGAAACAAACAUAUCUCAUCAGAAAAAAAUUGAUAAACAUAACGAAUUGAAGAAAAAAAUUAACAUUCUAGGUUAGUGCUUUUUUAUAAUCUAUUAAGUUUUUGUUAGAUUUGUAGAUUUCAAUAUAUGAUUAUGUAUAGUAUACAAAUCAAUUUAAAUAAUAAGGUUAUUGUCUUAUACAUACAAUAUAUUUUAAAUUAUGUUUUGCAGUGAGAGCGAUGAAUAAGACAAAAAAUGAUGAUAAUUAUAGAGAUCUCGAACAAGAAACACAGAAACCCAAAUUCCAUAUAAAUAAAUUCAAUGAGAAACGAGAUUACACACCAAAUCUUAUCACCAUUUUAAAAAUAGCACAUUCAGUUGCUUACAAAUUGAGAGGUAAUAACAAAUUUCAACUUUUAGAAUUUUGCAACAAUCUCAUUAAAGAAUGACAGUUGACACUAUCAUGAUGAAAGAAAGCGAAAAUUUAGUAUCUCUUUAACUUUUACAAUUUAUGAUAAAUAAAGAGACAGAUCCAUUUGAAGAAAACAAAGAUACCGAUUAACUAUCUUCUUUUGAUAAUACACUGUGAAUACCUAAAAUAGAUGAAAGUUAAAAAUUUAAAAUAUAAAGAAGUAUAAAAAAAUAACACUAUAUGCAGAUUUUUUAUAUCAUUGUAAAUGAUAAGCUUUGCAUCCUAAGUUACUUUUAUAUAUUGUCUAUAUAAAACAUGCAAUUAUAUAGUACAUUAUAAAAA